GUGUUACAGUCAACUUAACGUCGUGGCGAUAUAUACCAAAAACAACGAAACAUUCGAGCCAGUGUGACCAUUGUUAGACGAUGUUGCCACAAUCGACGAAAAUUGUGAUAUUGAAGUGGAAGAAUUAAACUUGGUGGCAAGAAAGUCGCGAAAGAGUGUUGACUAUUUACCCGGAGACCGCAAUUCAUGCGAAAAAAAUUUCCUGCAAAACGCAACUUACAACUGUCACACGCACACUAAUAAAAAGGAAAAAAGAAAAAAAUUUGGUGUGCUGGAGGAGAGGUACGCCACGCCGCGCCGCAUUGAGAAAACAACAAAUUGUGUUUGUUGCAACGAAGUCGGAGCGACGAUUAACUUUAAUUAACUAAAUACACAGAAAUAUAUAAUUUUAUCCAAGCAUAUUGUAUAUAUAUAAGUAUAUACAUAUAUACACAGCGAUAUGAACUCGAAGCGUAUUAAAUACACUACGCUGUCCAGCCCGACAGAUGCACCGUCCAAGGAGGAAAUUGUGCCAGUUAUCAUACAACAUGAAACUGACGACGUAGAUGGCAAUGGAGAGACAACACAGUAUACAUAUGCCUAUACGACUACUGAGGAUGACGACACUGAAACGGCUGUGGUGACUCUUAGCGAUCGUGAUCACGAGGCGCUGGCCAAUGCCCAGGAGGUGAUCAUCGAUGAGAACGGGCAUGCCGUCACCUUGCAGCAGCUGGUGGAGAACAGCACCGUAGAGGAGGUGGAGACUAUUGAGCAGGGCGAUGGCACCCACACCAUAUUGCACAUUGUGCCCAAUAUAGGCGACGAAGAGGAAGAUGACGAAGAUGAGGAUGGGGAGGCCAUCGAGCACGAUGAGGACGAGAUUGUGGGCGUGGAGCAUGAAGAGGGCGAUGAGCAGGACGAGGAGGAGGAUGAAAUGGGCUCGAUUGUGUUUGAGGGCACCAUCGAUCACAGUCCUGAAUCCGAUUCGCAGUCACGCAAUAAGACUUUCUAUUGUCCCAAUUGUGGCAAUUGCUACAGUGCCGCCGGCUCUUUGAAGCUACACAUGCGCGCCUGUUUGCGCCAGCGCAACGAGGUCUCUGCCGAGGACCGCAAGUGCAAGGUGUGCAGCAAGAUCUUCAACUCGGUGGCUUACCUCAAGGAGCACAUGAUGCGUCACACUGGCGAACAGCCACAUCGCUGCACCCGCUGCUAUCGCAAGUUCGUCGACGAGGCCAAAUACAAUGCGCACAUGGACUCGCACAAGCACCAGGACAAGCUGGAGGCCGAGGCGGAGGCAUUGGCCGCUCAGCACGGCGGCAAGAAGGUGGUCGUCAAGGAGUUUACCUGCUCCUUCUGUUCACAGAACUUUACCGUCGUGUUCGAUGUGGGCCAGGUGAAGCGCCGCUAUGCCUGCGACGCUUGUCGCGACAAAUACUCAAAUGCCGAGGCAUUGCGCCAGCACAAGCAGCAGGUGGAGGAGAAGCGUGAGUUCAGUUGCGAGCGUUGCGGCCGCAAGUUCGUCUUUGAGGGCUUCCUCCAGCGUCAUCUGCCCACCUGCGAUGGCAGCAUCAAGCGUCGCCGCGACAUGAAGUAGAGGUGGCAGCAACGUGAUGGCAGUUGGCGGCGUCGGCGCAAAAGAUCUGAUAGAGCACUCGAAUGUGAUUUUGUGGAGGAACAGGAGGAGCAGGUGGACGAAGAUGAGCUGCAGCAGGAACAUGUGCUAAUAUCACCGCCAAUGCGUUACGUUGUAAUUAAACAGGAGGACCUUGAAGAGCUGGAGGAAAGUGUUGAAGAUCAGUAGGAACAGCAGCAGCCCUAGAGGCUGGCCAAUGAAAUUGAAAUCUUUUAUCAUGCACACCAAUAGACAACACACACACACACAAUUUCUUUCUUUAACACUUCGACGGAAGGAGGAGUUAUAGUUAAAUACUAGCUUAUAGGCAGUCUAAUGCGUCUCCAGCUGGCAAUUGAACACGCACACCUUUACACACACACACGCACACCUUUCCAAACACACACACACCUUUCCAAACACACACACACACCUUUCCAAACACACACACACCUUUCCAAACACACACACCCACGCAUACCUUUACACAGACGUAUACCUCACAUACAUAUACCUUUGCAUACACACACACAUGCACACAUACUAUUUUCAUUCUUGAAAUACCUUUACACAGACGCAUACCUUACAUACAUAUACCUUUACAUACACACACACACACACAUACUAUUUUCAUUCUUGGCUAGCUGGGGCCAAAAUACACAUAUAAAUAAAUAUAUGCAUAAACACCUAUAUAGAUACGUCGACGAGCAGUAAAAUCUAACUUUAUAUAUAAUUAUAUAUAUAUAAACAUAUUUUUUUUAAACUAUGUAAUAAUAUUUAUAAGAAUUUGUUACGGAGGGAGUGUCGAGGCAUAUUAGCUAUAUAUAGACAGCAUGACUACGUUCCAUGUUUUUACGUUCUCUAUAUGGAUCUUCACUGAUUAAACAACUCCAUAGAGAAUCUGCUAAAAAAAAAAAAAAAAAAAAAAAAAAAAAAAAAAAAAACAAACACGAAAAAACGUAAACAAAAAAGAAAGAGAUAACACGAAACACAAAGCAACAAACAAUCUUCUAAUAUAUCCUUGCAGACUUUGUAAUAUUUUUCAUUUUAUAUACAUACAUAUAAACAAAAUCACACGAAAAUAUCAUUGAGUCAUAAUGUAAAGCAACUGUCUAUCCGAUUCGAUAAUUCCGCUCAUGUGUCUUAGUAUCGUAAUACUAUAUCACAAUAUAUAGCAUCGUAAGAUAUUGUUUCUGUGAACAAUUUGUUUUUUGAUUAACAUCGAACGAAAAUUCAUGCAAAACUGCUUCACUUCAAGGAUAUUUCAAGAAAAAUAACAUCAUAGAGAGCCCAACGAUCAUAUAUAUAUAUAUAUUAUAUAUAUACAUAUAUAUCGUUUCUUAAUCGAAAAAGUAGAGCUUGCAAAUUUAAACUCUAAGAAAACUUUUGAAAUGGGUGUACAACAUAUUGUGUAAAUGUAACUGAAAUAAAUAUGUGUAUAUAUCUCAAUAUAUAUAUAUAUUCCGGAAACAGAAUAAAUAGCAGACUAAAUUCA